UGUCUCAUACCAACCGCUGAUCAAAAUUAUGUUUCGCACUCUUUGUUUCUUCUACUUCUUAGGGUUUCUCCUGCUGGACGGCUCAUUUUCCGACAACGACGGCGAAUUCGGAUGUUCCGCCGCCGGAGUUCUCACCGUUGGAGUUAUUGUUGACAAUAACUCAAGGGUCGGUAGAGAACAGAUUAUAGCCAUUCACAUGGCUGCCAAAGAUUUUCCCUUUUCUUCUUCAUGUGGUAAGGUGAAGCUCCUCCUUGUGGAUUCGCCGGAGAACUCUCCUCAGGCAACCGCUUCCGCAUUGGAUUUAAUUACCAAGAAAGAAGUGAAAGCCAUGUUUGGAACAUUGACAAGGGAUGAUGUAUCUUUAAUCUUUGGGCUCAACAAAACCUCCAUGAAUGUUCCUAUAAUAUCGUUAUCUCUAGCUUCUCUAGUUCCACCAUGGACGCCAAAUCAAAUGUCAUCGUUUAUUCAAAUGGCCGAUGAUAUCACCCACCAAAUGCGAUGCAUUGCGGCCACAGUCGGCAGCUUCCAAUGGCGGCGAAUCACUGCAAUCUACGAGGACAGAAACGACGGCUUCACGACCAAUAUGGCAAUUUUAAAGCUCCUCUCCGAUUCACUCCGAGAUGUCAACUCAGAAAUUGAAAACCACAUUGGUUUCUCUUCACUGGAGCCAGAGCCACUAAUUGAAGAGAAGCUCAUGAAUCUUACAAGUAACAGCAAUAGGGUGUUCGUUUUAAUGCAAUCUUCCAUGGAAUUGGCCACCCUUCUUUUCAAAAAGGCAAAAAAGUUGAAUAUGAUGGCAAAUGGGUACGUAUGGAUUGUUGGGGAUGAGAUUUCAAACAUUCUUGAUUCUCUACAUUCUUCAGCUUUCAAUAACUUGCAAGGAGUUAUUGGGUGUAAGAUUUAUUUUGAAGAAAAGGAGAACUCGUUCAAGGAAUUCAGAACCAAAUUUAGAAGGAAUUAUAUGUCUGAAUUCCCAGAAGAUGAAGGACAGGGUGACCCCAGCAUCUUUGCCCUUCGAGCUUACGAUGCAUAUGGGGCCAUUGCCUCUGCCAUGGACGAGUUGCAAGGAAACCCAAGUGGAAAACAAUGGCCAAUGAAGAUUUUGGAAAGUAAAUUUGAUGGUCUAAGUGCGUUUGUGAGCUUUAAGAAUGGCAUAUUGUCACAUCCACCCACCUUCCAAAUCAUUAAUAUUUUUGGAAAAAGUUACAAAGAGGUUGCUUUUUGGUCACCGGGGUUUGGAUUUUCUGAUAUAUUACCCCAACAAGCAAGCACCAACUCAACCACUGGAAAUGCUACCAUUGAUCUAUCGAGCCUGGUUUUCUGGCCAGGUAAUGCAAAAACGGUGCCGAAGGGGUGGGAUUUUAGCUUCGGAGAGAAACCGUUGAGGAUCGGAAUUCCGACCACAGCUGCUUUCCAAGAAUUCGUACAAGUGAACUACAAUCACACAGAUGGGCCUCAUAUCUCCGGCUUCUCCAUUAGUGUUUUCCAAGCAGUUGCUAGCAAUUUACCUUACUUCUUGCCCUACGAUUUUAUCCCCUACAAUGGCUCUUACGACAACUUGCUCCAAAAAGUCUACAACAAGGAGUUUGAUGGGGCAGUGGGAGAUUUUGGGAUAUUUGCAGACCGAUUUAGGUACGUGGAUUUCUCUGAGCCGUAUUUGGAUAAUGCAGCGGUGAUGAUAGUGAAGGAGAAGCCGGUGAGUUGGACGCGAUUAUGGCUUUUCAUGAGAGCUUUCACGGCGGAAAUGUGGCUGAUUAUGCUCUCCAUGCAUGUGUUUGUGAGCUCUGCAAUUUGGCUGAUUGAGCGCAAACAUAACCAUGAUUUAAAGGGAAUUGGAAACAUGCUAUGGUUCUCUGUAUCCGUCAUCUUUAUGUCCAUAGUAAGAGAACCAGUAAAGAAUGGAUUGGCUCGAUUGGUGUUAGGACCAUGGCUAUUUGCAAUCCUUAUAGUAACAGCAAGUUCCACAGCGAGUCUGUCUUCGAUGAUGACGAUCUCGAGAUCGCAACCAUCGUUUUUGGACAUUGAAACGCUGAAGCUAAAGAAUGCGACAGUGGGAUGCAUAAUGGUGAGAUUUUUAUCCCAAGUGUUGUUGAUUCCUGCAGAGAAUAUAAGACAGAUAGCCCCCGUGGAUUUGUUCCCAAAUGCGUUGGAAAAGGGAGCGAUUCAGGCGGCUUGCUUCUCUGGGCCCCAUGCCAAAGUAUUCCUCGCUAAACACUGCAAACACUACACCAAAGCCACCAUUUUCAAGCUCGUCGGCAUGGGUUUUGCUUUUCCGAAAGGGUCUCCUCUGACCGUCGACAUAUCGGCGUCGAUCGCAGAGCUGAUAGAAAGAAGAGAAUUGCCGGACUUGGAGUCGACGUUGCUGUCUACCUUCAACUGCUCCUUAAACGACAAUAAUGUAGACGGGUCGGGUUUAGGACCCGAACCAUUCGCCGGAUUGUUUCUGAUCGCCGGCGCUAUUACUUUGGCGGCAGUUCUAUUUACCGCCGGUCGGCUUACGCUGAUGAAAUUGGGCUGGAUAAAAGACGAGCCCACUACAACCAAGCCCCAACUCCCCAAAUAGAGUAUUGCUAUCUCUUUGUUAUUUAUUAUUUG